UUGGAACGAGCUCUGUGCUGUGCAGUUGGAAGACGUCGCUCGCUGGCUUCCACCGAACGAAAAAGGCUCGCAAAUUUGACGCGAAAAAAACAUAAUUAAGUGGAGGAAUGAGGGAGAUGCAGUGAAGACUGAGGAGUCUGAAGACAGACGGACAAAGGGUAAAAGGGUUGAAGGUUACCAGGAAGAGAGCAGGAUGCAGUCCCGCCCACAGGACAGGCCGUUGGCCCUCUCCGCGGGGAAAUCCCACAGCCCGACCAAUGGGAGAGAAGAACGGGUGCACUCAGACGCAGACUCCAUGGAGGAAGAGGCAGACUUUAAUUGGGAGGAGUACCUAGAGGAGACGGGGGCGACCGCUGCACCCCACACCGCUUUCAAACAUGUGGACAUCAGCCUACAGACCAGCUUCCAGCCGGGGAUGAAGCUGGAGGUGGCCAAUAAGAGCAGGCCAGACACUUACUGGGUGGCCACCAUCGUCACCACCUGCAGCCAGCUGCUGCUGCUGCGCUUCAGUGGCUACGGAGAUGACCGCAAGGCCGACUUCUGGUGUGAUGUCAUGACCGCCGAACUCCACCCAGUAGGCUGGUGCACCCAGAACAACAAGACACUACAACCCCCUGAAGAUAACGUUUACCUAAGAAAAGCCAUCAAGGAGAAGUACAGUGACUGGACAGAUUUUCUCAUCCAGGACUUGACGGGCUCACGGACCGCACCAGCAAACCUACUGGAAGGGCCUUUGAGGGGGAAGAACACAGUGGAUCUGAUUGUGGAGGGUUCGGUGAUGGAGGUACGGGACCUCACUGACCCCUACCUCUACUGGGCUGCCCGCGUCGCCCAGAACAUUGGUGGGAGGCUCCGCCUGCGCCAUGUAGGUCUCCAAGAUGACGCCCACGACACCUGGCUGUUCUACCUCGACGUGAGGCUCCGCCCACUGGGCUGGGCUCAGGAGAACCGCCUGUUACUGGAGCCCCCAGCAGAGUUGCGCGGCCUGAAGAGCGCCCUCGAGUGGCAGGAGGCCCUGGAGGCGGCGCGGAGCCAGGCCCAGCAGAACCCACUGCCCCUGGAGGUGUUUAAGGACCAUGCAGACCUGACCAAACACUCCUUCCGGGCGGGGAUGAAGCUGGAGAUGGUGUCGCCGUCGGAACCGUUCCACAUCUGCCCUGUAUCUGUCACACAGGUCUACAAUGAGCACUACUUCCAGGUCACAGUGGAUGACCUCACUCCAGAGGCCACACCCCUGUCCCUGGUGUGCCAUUCUGAGUCGCCGGGCAUCCUCCCUGUCCAGUGGUGUCUGAAGAACGGGAUUGGUCUAGAGCGGCCCAUGGGCUACCAGAGCCAGGACUUUGAUUGGGCGGACUACCUGAAACAGAGUGGGACUGAGGCCGCCCCCGACGCAUGCUUCCCGGACGCGUGGCAGAGCCGAGGCUUCGCUAAAGACAUGUGGCUGGAGGCCGUUAACCCUGUCAGGCCCACCGAGGUGUGUGUGGCUCAGAUCACACAGGUCAGGGGUCGCCUGCUGUGGCUCAGACUGGAAGGCCUGCCUAAGUCCGUCCCUGAAUGUAUUGUGGAUGUGGAGUCCAUGGACAUCUUUCCUGUAGGAUGGUGUGAGACCAACGCUUACCUCUUGACUCCUCCACUGAAGCCUGUCUGCCAGCAGCAGAAGAAGAUAGCCGUUGUCCAGCCAGAGAAGCAGUUGGCUCCGCCGCAACCCGUGGAGACAAUCCCUCUCGACCUCUGCGAGCCAGUUGCCAUGGACACAGGCUCAGCCAAUGGGAGAUACUGUUGCUCCAGGAUCUAUGUGAACCAACGCUGUUUCUCUGGCCCUUACCUGAACAAGGGGCGCAUCGCUGAGCUGCCCCAGGCUGUAGGGCCGGGGAAAUGCACUCUGGUCCUCAAAGAGGUGCUGAGUAUGCUAAUCAAUGCGGCCUACAAGCCUGGGCGUGUCCUGAGGGAACUACAGGAUGUAGAAGAGCAGCACUGGGACUGCCACGAGGAGACCCUCAAAGCCAAAUACAAAGGGAAGACGUAUCGAUCGUCCAUCCGGAUCGUGCGUCUGGCAGAGCAGAUCCCAGACUUCUGUCGUAAAGUGUGUGUGAAGCUGCAGUGCUGUCCCAACCUCUUCAGCCCCGUCCAAGUCACAGACCAGUGUCCUGAGAACUGCUCUAUGCAGACCAAGACCAAAUAUAGUUGGUGUGUGCGUGCGCGAACAAAUACAGUAAUUUUCUACAAGUCGUAUUACUACGGUAAGAAGAAGAAACUGUCUAAGCCGUUUGGAGGAGAGGAGAGUCUGGAGGCCAAACCCACACGACGCAGGAAGAAGAGGAAGGCCAUCUUUGUCCAGAAGAAACGGCGCUCGUCUGCAGUGGACUACACUCCUGCAGGGUCACCACAGGACAGUGAUGAAGACGAGGAUGAAGAUGAUCUUAUGUUGCAGUCGGGCAGUGAAGAAGGCACCAGCUCUGAGCCGCGCGAGGACCACAUAGACACGUCCUCUGUGGAGGUGGCUAACAGCCGGCCGCGGCGCACCGUGACGCUACGCAGGGCCACCCAUACCGGCAUAGCUUCGGGCAGCCGUGAGGGUCCUGAAAGCAGGAGGCGGAGCACUCGGUCCCUGUCAUAUAACCAGGAGAGCAAGUACCACCCACCCAAGAGACAGGAGAUGCAGGUGGAGUGUAGUGAGGCGGAGUGUCAGCUGGUGCUGGAGAGGAACCCUCUGGAGUGGUCCGUAGAAGACGUGGUCACGUUCAUCACCUCCACCGACUGUGCUGCUCUCGCCAACAUCUUCCAGGAGCAGGACAUAGAUGGCCAGGCAUUGUUGUUGCUGACCCUGCCUACAGUCCAGGAGUGUAUGGAGCUGAAGCUGGGUCCAGCCAUCAAGCUGUGUCACCAGAUAGAGAGGGUCAAGGUGGCCUUCUAUGCCCAGUACGCCAACUGAUCCUGGGCAUCUCACCUGGCACCUUUUACCCUGUAGAGCACAGGCUGUCUGGAGACACUCCGCCCAGUACACCUUCAUCUGAGGAAGAGGAGGAGAGAUGAUUUCGCUUAAUGCCAAGUCUGGGAUUACCUGGUCUGGAAAGCUGGGAGGAAAGUGGGAAAACUGGUAAUGCUGUCGCUUAGGAAUUCCUCAAUUCUUGACAAGGAUUACCUGGCCACUUUUCCGUGGAUUACUGAUGUCACAUAGAGAAGGAAGUGACGUCAGAGGAAGUAGAGGAGGAGCUACCCACAUACGGAGCUCAGGACAUCAUCUGCGACAACAGGCAGAGAUGGAUUGGAAGGCUCAGAUUCCCAUAGUACUGUGUGGAAGGAUAAGUCAACUGUGAAUGGUUGAGUACGAUACAUAUGAGUCAAUCCAUAUGGAAUACAGAUCUGUGAAGAAACUGAUCGAAAUUGAGGAUUAUUUUCUUGGAAAAUCUUAUUUUUUUACAUGCUGUUUCAGACUAAUGGCCCUGGCAGUGUUUAAGUUAUGAACAAAUGUUAUUAAAUAUUUGUUCAAUGUUUUCCCUCUUUGUUAUAUUUAAGUAAAUUAGCUUAAUAUAUUUCAUUAACGAAAAUCGGUUAGUAACCUACAAUAUAUUUGCAAUAUUUAUUGUAUUCCUUAUUGAAUGGAUAUCAUAUCUUAUUUGGAUGUAAGAAAAAUAUAUUUAGAGAGAGUUGAUAGGCUAUUGAAAUGUCCAAGUCUUUGGGUUCAAAUAUGUAUUUAAGGUUGUUCAUGAGUUAUUCCAGUCAAUAGUAAUUUAGUCCUGUUAAUAAAUUAUCCGUUUUUUCUUGUGUGCAUAGGGACAUAGUAGGUCCGCUGCAUUUUCUCAUUAAGUUUGUAAAAAAUCCUGGUAACACUUUAUUUGAAUGGUCCAUCUGCAGAUGCUCUACAGGCUAUCAGUAACAUUUCAACUAACUGUCUACCAGCCCUAACCUAACCCUUAUUCUAAACCUUACCCUAACCGUAACCUUAGCAAGCAGUUGCUUAUCAACAGAUGGUCAGUUGCUUAUCAACAGAUGGUCAGUUGCUUAUCAACAGAUAGUCAGUUGCUUAUCAACAGAUAGUCAGUUGCUUAUCAACAGAUAGUCAGUUGCUUAACAACAGAUAGUCAGUUGCUUAUCAACAGAUGGUCAGUUGCUUAUCAACAGAUGGUCAGUUGCUUAUCAACAGAUGGUCAGUUGCUUAUCAACAGAUAGUCAGUUGCUUAUCAACAGAUAGUCAGUUGCUUAUCAACAGAUAGUCAGUUGCUUAUCAACAGAUAGUCAGUUGCUUAUCAACAGAUGGUCAGUUGCUUAUCAACAGAUAGUCAGUUGCUUAUCAACAGAUGGUCAGUUGCUUAUCAACAGAUGGUCAGUUGCUUAUCAACAGAUGGUCAGUUGCUUAUCAACAGAUAGUCAGUUGCUUAUCAACAGAUAGUCAGUUGCUUAUCAACAGAUAGUCAGUUGCUUAUCAGCAGAUAGUCAGUUGCUUAUCAACAGAUGGUCAGUUGCUUAUCAACAGAUAGUCAGUUGCUUAUCAACAGAUAGUCAGUUGCUUAUCAACAGAUAGUCUGUUGCUAGUAUCUACAAUGUGGCCAAAGUCCUGAAAUAGCUUUUUACCCUUUUCACUUUUUAAGAAGUUGUUUUCACAAUCAUGUAAACAGUCGUGUCAAAUACAUUGUAUCCAUCUAUGCAAAAUGCGGUGCAGAUAUUUUUGAUAAGUGUUGAUAAGAAAAUACAUUUCUACUGAUUUUGUAAUGACGUUUUGUUUUCUAGUUUUUAUAGAGAUGAAGAAUUCAUCAAAGUGUUUUUUUAAACCAUGUAUGAAGUCACAGGAGGGUAGGCCUGAAUGAACUACGUUGGUAGUCAUAACCAUUCCAUUACUGAUUUGGAUUUCAUUGUGUUUCUUCAUGCAGACAGUGACUAAUAGCCUGUUGUAUUUCCAAGACUGUAACAUGUUCUUAAUGUAAUAUACAUUUAAUUUAAUACAGACAGUACAUAUUCAGAUGAGAGUAUUUCACAGCAGCAAGGCGAGUCGUGCUUCACCAAUUUUCUGUUACUGCACAGUUGAAUUAAUUUAAUAGCACAUACACCAACUCUGACACUUUCGAUUGAGCCAGUCUGAAAAGUGUUUUAAUCAACUGCUACCUAAAAUGGUUGCCUGGCAACACAAUUUCUAACGUCUGUUUUGCAUGAUUUUCUUCCCGUUUCCCAGCUGUGUCUGAAAACAAACUGGAUACAUUUUGAGAGAGGAGUAAACAACCAUUUAACUGUUUGUUUUUUUUAAAGCCAUUUUUUAAAUAUUUUUUAUCUCAUGUACAAGUGGCAAUUUCAGACAAUCUUCUGAAGUCAGUCGAUGAUUUUAAUGUAUUCAAACAGUGAAUGUAAUAGUAAAUCUUUUGUUAACACAAUAGCCCAAUAUUAUGAGUAAGAGCUGGCAACCGCAGACGACUACAAUAUUUUGUCAUAUCUUUUAAAAGAGUUCGAUCCUUA